AGACAAAAAUAAUCAGUGCCUAUUUUCUGUCCCGGUUGUAGAAUACUCUUGCGCCUUUGUAAUUUUCUUCUCACGCUUUGCCUGUUUCCGUAAUCAUAGGAUCAUGGCGGUCUCAGAUCAGGAUGUGGAGAAGCAGAUUCGCCACAUGAUGGCAUUCAUUGAGCAGGAGGCUAAAGAAAAAGCGGAAGAAAUCGAUGCGAAGGCCGAGGAGGAAUUCAACAUUGAGAAAGGUCGUUUAGUCCAGAAUGAGAAGUUAAAAGUCAUGGGAUUCUAUGAAAAGAAGGAGAAAGCACUGGACCUCCAAAAGAAGAUCCAAAGGUCCAACCUGUUGAACCAAUCUCGUCUCCAAGUUCUGAAAUCUCGUGAUGAUCAUGUCAAGGGAUUACUGGAAGAAACUAGGCGUAGACUUGCUGAUAUCACAUCGUCUCCAGCAAAGUACGAAAAGUUCCUCGAGGAUUGCAUCACUCAGGGUCUGUGCCAGCUGCUGGAGCCAGCAGUUAUUGUGAGGUGUCGACGUGAUGAUGUCGAUAGAGUAAAGAAAGUUAUGAGCAAGUCUCAGUCUGAGUACACCAGGAUUACCAAGGGAAAGAAGUGUACUGUGGCUGUCGACAGCUCUUUCUUGCCGGCUGAUUCAUCUGGUGGCGUGGAGCUAUACUCCAAGGAUGGCAAGAUUAAAGUUGCCAACACCCUGGAGAGUCGAUUGGAGAUGGUCAGCAGCCAGAUGCUGCCGCAGAUCCGCACGGCACUAUUCGGCAAGAACCCCAACCGGAAAUUUGAUGAUUAGUGAGCAGUGUAUGUUUGUACACACCAUUUUUUACCUCUGUUGUUCCUCUCUCUCUCUCUUUCUCUCAACUGUCUUCUUUAUGUUUUUGUUGUGUCCUUCUCUUAGGUGUUGGUCUCAUCUAUUUAUAUUUUCACAAAUUGUAGAAUUUACUUGAAGUUGCGGACAAGUUCUUCACGUGCCGCUUCAUCUGUUCAUAGUGCAGUGCAACCAUGGACCUUGGA